AUGGCAAAUAUUAUGCGAUCGGCGAACGGAAGAGGUCUUCAGCAAUCAACACAGGGAUUACAGAAGAUCAUUCGCAUCCAAGAUGACUUUGCGAAAUUUCCUCGGCUCCAAAUUUUACUCUUGGUCUACCUUUGUGAUGCCACUUUAUUAUGUACUCGUGUUAAAUCCCCUCUCAAGUUAGAAAAUCGCUCAGAUAGCUUCGUCAAGGGUUGCUAUUGUCAAAACGAAAGACUUUCUUUGUGCUUCGAGAUUCAGCUCGGGUUUAUACAACUCACAGACACGAACAACAUUGUUCUGGUACGAUUUCGUAUGCCGAGUCGUCAGAAAACUCACGUAAAAGUAUUGGGAAACAAUUUCUUGUGGCCCCAUCCCGACUCUGAGCCGUUUUUUAUCGGCAAGGAAUCCAACGUUUGGGCUGAAGACUCUAUAUCUGAGAGAGUUACCGGCUUGCUAAAGGAUAUGAGGCAAAGUUCUUCUAUGCUGUAUCAAAGAGCUAUGACGAGGCUUCAAAAGAAACCAGAAAUACAGCUUUUGUCGGAUGUUUCGCACGCCCUACAGGACGAAGGCGAAGCAAGAGAAAAUGUCCUAAUCAAGAGCUUCCAUGUAAUGUCUAUGAGCCUGCUGGGAAAGCCUGGUGACGCUGCGCAUACGCGUGACAAACAAACCGCCGCCCACAGAUACCUAAAACUCUUUAACAGAAAGCGGGGCACUUGUAAAGAUCUGAGAGGAGAUCCGGAUAAGAAUGAAUGUCUGGGAAUGUGCGGAGCAGGGUGCUGGUGCUGGAAUCUUGUUUGCAAUGAUUGCUGUCAUCAUCAGGGAUCUUACCAACACGAUUUAUGUUGCAGGAAAAAAAGAUUGUCAGGAUAUUGUUUGUUUCCGUUUCUUUAUGGCUUCAAUUGCAAUAGUUACGGGGGAUAUCCCAGCUGUGUUUAGAACUGUUAUCAGUUCAUAUCUGUAAGGGUUAAUAGAACAGCAAGACAUGGGCACUUUAAUCUGCAAUGAUAUGAGCUCAGAGCAUGGGUGUAAAUUUCUGCUGGUAUUUCAAUGUAUACUAGAUUAUUUUAUUAUCAUUAUCAUUAUCAUUGUCAGAUGUGUGUGGAGAGGCUGUCAUAUAAAACCUUACUGGAACGACCCUCCCUUCUCCCCAAAGUUAUAGCCCAGGCAAAUAAUUGGGCGUUUUCAGUUAACAAAGCUCUGAAUCUUGUCAGAACGGAAAGUUGUGCCGAUGUUCCUAGAUGUAAUUGACCGAAGCUCUUGAAUUAGCUCAUGUUCAAAAUUUCUAUUUAGCGAGUAUAUUCAGUUUAAUCAAAUGAAUAAAGGGUGUAAGUUUCUAACAAAAGUGUGGUGCUUUGUCGGUGGGGGGUAUAACAAGAUACCAUGUUUUAUCAACUGAGUUAAUAAAUGUAAAUUGAAAUUGACCUCUGAAAAGAGUUUCUAUAUGGCGUCCCAUCGGGGCCAAAAUUCAACAUUGUGAUUUGACAUUGUACUUUAAGUAUUCUUCCUUAUUUCACGAUUGGACAUUCAAGUGUUUAUUCCUUAUGAAACUUUUUCCG